AUGGUGCCCACCUGCAAUGCCCUGGCUCGCAAGCCUGACAAGCUCACCAUCUUACGCAUGGCAGUGUCUCAUAUGAAGUCUCUGAGGGGUACCGGAAACACGUCCACUGAUGGCUCCUAUAAGCCGUCCUUCUUGACCGAUCAGGAGUUGAAGCAUCUUAUCUUGGAAGCUGCGGAUGGUUUCCUAUUUGUGGUAUCCUGCGAGACGGGCCGGAUCGUCUACGUGUCUGAUUCUGUGACUCCGGUUCUCAAUCAGCCUCAGACCGAGUGGUUUGGGAGCUCCUUGUAUGACCAGGUCCAUCCAGAUGACGCGGACAAGCUGCGGGAACAGUUAUCUACAGCAGAGAAUGCCAUGACAGGACGCAUUUUGGAUUUGAAAACCGGCACAGUGAAGAAAGAGGGCCAGCAGUCCUCUAUGAGGAUGUGUAUGGGUUCCCGGAGGUCGUUUAUCUGUAGGAUGAGGUGUGGAAACACUGCGGUUGACCCCGCCUCCAUGAACAGGCUGAGUUUUUUGAGGAACAGAUGCAGAAACGGUCUGGGCCCACCCAAGGACGGGGAGCCGCAGUUUGUGGUUGUGCACUGCACAGGAUAUAUCAAAGCUUGGCCACCUGCAGGUGUUUCCUUACCAGAUGAUGACCAGGAAACUGGACAGAGCAAGUUCUGCCUGGUGGCUAUUGGCAGAUUGCAGGUGACAAGUUCUCCUAACUGUACAGAUAUGAAUAGUGUAUGCCAGCCAGUAGAGUUCAUCUCCCGACACAACGUCAAUGGCAUGUUCACAUUUGUUGACCAUCGGUGUGCUGCCACCGUGGGCUACCAACCACAGGAACUCCUGGGGAAGGACAUAGUGGAGUUUGCCCACCCAGAAGACCAGCAGCUUCUCAGAGACAGUUUUCAGCAGGUGGUGAAAUUAAAAGGCCAGGUGUUGUCUGUCAUGUUUCGGUUCCGGUCCAAAAACCGUGAUUGGCUGCUGAUGAGAACCAGCUCAUUCACCUUUCAGAACCCGUAUUCCGAUGAAAUAGAAUAUAUCAUCUGCACAAACACCAACGUGAAGAAUACCAGUCAGGAGGCGCGACCUGCUCUCUCCAGCACUAUUCCGAGGCCUCCACUAAGUCAGAGUAUCUCCCACCCUCUGGAAAUGGGCUCUGGGCAGCUUGCCACCAGGCAGCAGCCUCCGCCGCAAGCUGAACUGGAUGUUGUAAGCAGCAGAGAUAAUCUGGGCUCAUACAAUCACACACAGGCCCCAGUGCAGCCAAUAGCGACAGCAGUUUCUGAUCACAGCAAAAGCCUGGAGAAAUCCGAUUCUCUCUACUGCCAGGAGAGAGAUCCCAGGUUUGCUGAAAUCUACAGUGGCAUCAACUCAGACCAGAACAAAGCACUUAACCCCAGUGGGGUCCCUGGCAACCAGCAGCUUUUCCCGCAAGCCAGCACUUUCACCCCGGCCCCCCGUCCCGUGGAUAACUUCAGGAAUAGUGGAAUGGUCUCUCCAGCCAACAUAAUCCAGCAGCCUGUUUCUGCCGGUCAGAUCCUGGCUCAGAUAUCGCGGCACACAAGCCCAACGCAAGUCACCGGCACCAACUGGAGCUCAGCCGCAAGGCCAUCCUUCACCUCCCAGACUAGAAAGACCCAAUCUCCUCCAUUCGGUAUGGGCAACUUCCAGACAACACCCACCAACUUCAGCCCGUUGUCCUCCCAGAGUUCCACAUCCUCUCCAGCCGGAGCUGCCUAUCCUAACCUAGCCAACAGGACCAACAGCUUUGCUACAGAAGUGGGACAGCCACGGGUUUCAUUCCAGACGCGGGCUGCCGAUGCAGUAGGAGUUUGGCCUCAGUGGCAGAGUCAGCACCAUGGGCCAAACACCGCAGACGCACAUGUCCAGGCACAAGCCAGCCAAUCAGAAGUUUUCCCUGACAUGCUGUCCAUGCUUGGAGACCAGACCUCAAGCUACAACAGCGAAGAGUUUUCCGAGCUCAACAUGUUCCAGUCUUUUGCGGAGUAG